AUGGACGACGGAACUCGCAUUACCGAGGAUGUGGAGAAGUUUCUUCGCGCUGCGCGCUCGCGCGACACGGCAGAUUGCAGCCGAAUGCUGAAGGAAAAGCCUGAGCUCGUGAACUCCGUCGAGGCUGGUGGCUACGCUGCCCUCCACUUUGCCGCCUUCAACGGUGAUGCGGAGAUGAUUCGCCUUCUGCUAGAGUACAAGGCGGAUCUGAGCAUCGAGAACCUGGACGGCAACACGCCUCUUGUCAUGGGUGUGAAGGGACGACAGCUGGAGUGCAUUCGCAUUCUGGCAAACGCGGGAGCCGAUGUAAACAAGGAGUCCCCCUCAGGAAGCGCGGCUGCGCACUACGCCGCAUCUAUGGGAUACCUGGACUGCCUCCGCCUUCUUGUGGAGCUGGGGGCCAAGACGAUCUACGGGGAGAACGAAGCGGGGACUCUGCUUCACUGGGCGUGCCACUCUGGUGACGUCAACUGUAUCGGCGCCGUCAUUUACGAGUUUAAAGUGCCAAUCAACGCAGUGGACAAGCACGGCGGAACGGCUCUGUUCACAGCCAUUUUCAUGAAGAAAAUGGAGGCAGCGGAGUUCCUAAUUGAGCAUGGCGCGACGGUCAACAUCGCCAUUGCCAACGACGGCAGCACGCCGCUGCACAUUGCUGUAGAGCAUGCAGACUCGGAGUGCGUCCGCCUACUGUGCAGCUGCGGCGCCGACGCUAGCGCCAAGAACGAGGAGGGCAAGACGCCGCUGGAGUUGGCGAAGGCCGCCAACAAGACUAAUGCUGUCAAGGAACUCGAGAAGGCGCAGGUACCGCAGGAAAAGCGUGCUGAUGAGGCGGCGCGGUUCAAGAACCAGGGCAACAAGGUGUUCCAGCAGGGCGAGAACGUCAAGGCUGCGAAGUUCUACACCCUCUCCAUUCACCUCGACCCCACCAACCACGUCUACUACAGCAACCGCGCCGCCUGCUACUUCAACCAGCACUUCUACACGGGAGCUUACUGGGAUGCUCUGCGCUGUAUUGCACUCGACCCGUCGUGGCCGAAGGGCUACCUGCGCAAAGCCGCCACUGAGCUUGCGCUGAAGAAGUACAGUGACGCACUCACCACCGCCUCACAGGGCCUGAAACUCGACCCCACGAACAAGGACCUCCAGCAAGUGAAGGACGAGGCGUUCAAGAUGCUGAAAAGGUGA